AUGUCGUCGGAUCCCCAAUCCAGCCCAGCAGGCAUAGAGCCUAGGCCAGCGAGCCUGCUGGAUGCGCUCAAGCAUCUAGAAGCCGUCGCUUUUGUGCCCUCGAAACAGCGAUACACGGAUGCUAGUCAACUGGCCAAAACAAUCGCCUCACACGCGUAUGAAACUGGCAUCGACCAGGCUGCGCUUGAGCGACUGAUCAAGCUUCUCACGCGCAACAGCCAUCUUGAUCAGGGCACCAUCACUACUUUGAUCAAGAAUCUGUAUCCGAUAGACAGGAUUUCUCCUAGAGUGGUUACGCAGAUUGUCUGUUGCCUGGGCCCCAGCAAAAACAAGCCAAGUCCUGCUACCCAAGCCUCACUUCUUCGAUGGUUGAUUCUCACCAACGAUUUCUGUGAUGAUCGGUCGCACCUCGCCAAGCUCUAUGCAGUACUUUUUAAUCACCUUGAUAUGAUUAGUCUUCGCAAGCCUUUGUGUCAUUUACUGUCCCUGAUCACAAGGCGAAAGCAUGUCAAGCCGUUUCGGAUUCAAGCACUCAUGGAACUAGUGAAUAAUGCCGGCGCAGAAGAAAGAGAACUCAUCAGCCUGCUCAAUGUCUUCAAGAAUUACUAUCCUGAUAUUGUUGUGGGGGAUCUUGGAGCUUUGCGACGCAGAGGGUUGGUCUUCAAACAUCCCGAUCCCGAGUGGACUAGUCAUGCAAGGCUCCUUCAGGAUAAAAAUCUGGAGAGGUUGCAGGCAUCUCAACCUUCGACCUUUCAAGUGGUACACCGUGGAGCUGUGAAAAGGGGGAAGAUGGAAGUGGUCGUUCCCAAUGUGCAGACAUCAAGAGUCUCGUACAAUCGUACAUCCUUGGAGGAGCUGCGGAGCGUAGAUCAUUUCGUUGAGAAGAUCGAGAUGAUCGAACCGCCCAAUCAGAUGAUAUCUACAAUGAAGGACAGUAUAGCGCAGAAGUACCUUUAUCUGGUACAGCCUGAAGCUGCGAUUCUUCGAUUAGACGACUGGCUGAAGAGCUUCUUCGAUGACCAGUUGGAGCAUGUUCAGGAGGAGGAGCUGAGCGAUUCGGAGUCACUGGGAUACGUGUUGAAUCUUAUAGUUGAUUAUGUGCGAUAUGUGAAGGACAUCCCUGCCCCGGUUCAGUCCUUUCUGCGUCGAUAUUUGCUGUCCUGGAAUGGCCGAGAUAAUCAGGAAGAAAUUUUGAACCUUCUCGAAUAUCUUGCUAUCCAAGACUUCACUAUUCUACGAGAAAAGUUCUUGAUACCCCUGGAAAGUGCGCUGCUGGCUAGCGCACCAUCUUCAAGCUCAUCUAUCCUUGACUUGUACUCUUCGCUUAUCCGUCAAUGGGGAGUUAAGCUGAGAACACUUCCGUCAAACUCUGCGGAAUCCGCUCCUUUGACUAGUCUCAUCAAGCAUGCAGAACUUCUAGCACUGUCAAUGUUGGAGACUCCCUCCAUCCCGCAGCAGUCUGGCGAUGGAGACACGGCGCGCGUUAAACCACCCGCGCAAUCUGUCCUUGAGUUUUACUGCGUUUUGGCGGAUGUUUUCUCUUAUGCGUCUGUCAAUGGCAAUAUUCGAUUGACUAUUCCUCUGGCCCCAACCGUCUAUAUACUGGUCUUCACGCCAGUUGUCUCAAGCAUAUCGAUCAUGAGCUCCGUUCUUGCCGGAUAUAAAUCAUCAUUCGAAGCAUCCCUCACCUCCGAUGUCCUUCAAAUAUCGAACGCGACAUACUCUCUUUAUCCUACCGAUCUUGUCGGGCAAUUCAAUGGCUACGUCAUGGACGUCUGCAAUGUGGUAUGGCGAAAUAGAGGGCUUAAAGCAGAGGAUCCAAAUGCUCUGGGAUGCUUGUUGCCGGCUGGUACGACCACUGCGUUGUCACAGUACAUCCGUGAUCUUAACGAAGCAUCCAGAGAAAGGAGACGGGAGGCUAGCUUCUUCUACAACCUUUCCUCUAUCUUCUCCCUAAGUUACCAUGUUGCGCUGUGCAACAUGUCCGCCGCUUGCUUUGCUGAUAUAGAGGAUGAGAACAACAUAGGUGAGGGCCGCCCGAGAUUGAGGAAACCCGUGACUCAGAAAGCUUUGAACGCGCUCGAAAAAGAUGGCGGCGUGAAGUUGAACUGGCAAGAGUAUAGAGUGCGGAUGCUGGAUUGGCUCGAUGCCACAGGAUCCUCCGGAAUCGGGAGCUUGAUGCGAAGUACGAUGAAAGCUCUUCGAAAAGAAUGA